CUUGGCAGGAGCAAGGUUUUAGUCCAUUCAUACUUCUUUUUUCUGCACAGCUAAGAACUCACCAGACAAGGUUGUCUGGGCAGCCUCUGUCAUAUUUGAAGCCAUGAUUAAUCUGCCUCGAGUUGAGAAGUUUCUGGUUGCGACAUCUUCCUGGCUGGCUGGAACAGAGCAUGUUCUCCUGGCAACUGCUUCGGAAGGAGCUGGAAUCCAUCUGAAGCUCCCAGGGCUUGAAGCAGACCCCUUUGUCCCAGAGACUUCAGGGAUCAGAUUUUGUUUUUAAGUCAUCUUUACACCCAACACAGGGCUCGAACUCACAGCCCUGGCAUCAAGAGUCAUAUGCUCCACCGACUGAACCAGCCAGGAGCCCCUCAUUUUACCUGUUCUUGGUCUUCAUAGAGAAAGAAUUAUCAAGCAGACCCCAAAUGCAGCAGCUUUUAGCAACAGCAUACUGGAUGCUUCUUCUUGGACCUGUAUAUGGUUUUCACAAGAAAGGAAGUAUCACAAAUCCUGAAGCUAAUAUGAAUAUUAGCCAGAUUAUUUCCUACUGGGGUUACCCUUGCGAAGAGUAUGAUGUUGUGACCAAAGAUGGUUAUGUCCUCGGAAUUUACCGGAUUCCUCAUGGAAGAGGAUGUCCCAGAACAACUCCGAGACCUGUCGUAUAUUUGCAACAUGGCUUAAUCGCGUCUGCCACUAACUGGAUAUGCAACCUCCCAAACAACAGCCUGGCUUUCCUUCUGGCAGAUCGCGGUUAUGACGUGUGGAUGGGGAACAGCCGGGGCAACACCUGGUCCAGGAAACACUUGAAAUUUUCACCCAAAUCUCGAGAAUACUGGGCCUUCAGUGUGGACGAGAUGGCUGGCUAUGACCUUCCGGCCACAAUCGAUUUUAUCGUAGAGAAAACUGGACAAGAGCGAAUCUAUUAUGUGGGCCACUCACAAGGCACCACCAUCGCCUUCAUAGCAUUCUCUACCAAUCCAGAGCUGGCUAAAAGGAUUAAGAUAUUUUUUGCAUUGGCUCCAGUCAUCACGGUGAAAUACACCCAAAGUCCUAUGAAAAAAUUGAAAACUCUUUCCAGAGAAUUAGUCAAGGCACUAUUUGGUGACAAGAUGUUCUACCCUCAUACGUUUUUUGACCAAUUCAUUGCCACCAAGGUGUGCAACCGGAAGCUAUUUCGUCAUAUUUGCAGCAACUUCCUGUUUACUUUGAGUGGAUUUGACCCGAAAAACUUAAACAUGAGUCGCUUGGAUGUUUACUUGGCACAGAGCUCCGCGGGCACGUCUGUUCAGAAUAUGCUGCACUGGGCCCAGGCUGCUAAUUCUGGUCUGUUCCAAGCUUUUGAUUGGGGAAAUGCUGAUCAGAACAUGAGGCACUUCCACCAGCUUAUACCUCCCUUAUAUGACGUCACAAAGAUGGAAGUACCAACGGCUGUGUGGAGUGGAGGACAUGACCGUGUGGCUGAUCUCAAAGAUGUUGAGAAUUUACUCCCUAAGAUUACCAGGCUUAUUUACUACAAGUUGAUCCCACACUACAAUCAUGUGGAUUUUUACCUCGGACAGGACGCGCCCAAGGAAAUUUACCAAGACCUUUUUAGACUGAUGGACGAAUGUUUGCAAAAGUAAAUGCAUUUUCCUUUCUCUAAGUAAGUGGAUUCUCAAACUAAUAAAGUGGCACACAAACCCCUAAGGUGACCCCUCCAGUGAUUUUCACCUACUAGUGUCCACAUUUGGGGUAAUCCUCUCCCCCUGAGUGUGGGAGGGCCCUGAGACUUGCUUCUGACCAACAGAACUGGCAAAGGUAACAGUGCCACGCCCUUGGUUAGAUCGUGUUUAUGGCAAAGGUGAUGGGACAUCACUUCCUGAUUGCGUUAUAUUACCUGAGACUCCAUCUAAGUAGACUGGAGAAGAGCUUCCUCUUGUCGGCUUGAUGAAGUGAACAGAUACGGAAGCUUACGUGGCAAGGAGCCAUGUGUGACAUCUGGCAUCUGCAGGUGGCCUCCAGCCCACAACCAGCAAACUGACGGAUCCUCAGUCGGACAGCUGCGGGAUGAAUUAGAGCCAGCUCUUGGGUGAGCUGGAAGCCCAUUAUUCCCCAGUGCAGCCUCUAGUGGAAAAAGCAGACUGGCCACACCUCGUGUGCAGCCCAGGGAGUCCCUGAGCAGAGGAGGUUGCUGCACCAUGUCCAGACUGUGGACCCACAGCAAGAGUGAGAAAAUAAAUGGAUAUUCUUUUAAACCUCCACAUUUGUGGUUAAUUUCUUUUUCUUUUUUAUUUUU